CACUGGUGAGCAGGCUGGCAUGAUUACACUUUUGGAAGUUGCUGUUUAACCAUGUUUGCCAGUCGGGAAUUACCUGAAGAUCUGCUGCAUGCCACAAAAUACUGAAGUUGUGGAAUUCGUUUUGGUCAACUGGAAUACUGCUCAAGUCAUGUGCAGCAGGAUUCUGUCAGGAAACCACUUCUGUUUGUUCUAGUGGACGAGCAGCCUGGAUACUGCAAUGGCCACAGGGUUCAGAGCUGCACAGUUUGUCUCACAGACCCUAGCACUGGGUCACCUGCAUCAUCAUAAUGUCUGACAGGUUCCCAUUGUUGGAAACAAUGGUUUUGGAUGAUCUACCUAACGUCAAAGAUACAUAUGCCUCCUUGUACUCCUCAGCUAUGGAAGACUUAGCGGUGGAUUUUGAUUCAGGACUGGAGGAAGAUGAACUGAAACAGGAGGCUGCUCCUGAGGAUUCCACGAUCUUUGUGGCUUUUAAAGGAAAUAUAGGUGACAGAGACCUUGAGCAGAAACUGGAGAUCAUACUGGAGAAUGUGCCUGGCCUUUUACACAUGGAAUCCAGCAAGUUAAAGCUGCAGAAGAUCGAGCCUUGGAACAGUGUCCGCGUUACCUUCAACAUCCCCCGCGAAGCUGCGGAGCGGCUGCGAGUUCUGGCUCAGAACAAUAACCAGCAGCUUCGGGACCUGGGGAUUCUCUCUGUUCAAAUUGAAGGGGAAGGUGCUAUCAAUUUAGCUUUAGCUCAGAACAGAAGCCAGGAUGUCCGGAUCAAUGGGCCCCUGGGAGCAAGCAAUGCCCUUCGAAUGGAAACUGGCUUCCCCAUGCAAGGGGGACAAGGUUUAAUAAGAAUGAGCAAUGCUGCAGCUGUCAUGAUGUCCCAGAGUGGAAAUGUGCCCUCCUCUAUGGUAGCAGGUGGUGCUAGUGCUGAGCUGCAGCCAAGAACACCUCGGCCUUCCUCACAGCCAGAUGCAAUGGACCCACUCUUAUCUGGGCUAAAUAUCCAGCAGCAAAAUCAUCCAUCGGGAUCUUUAGCUCCCCAGCUCCAUUCAAUGCAGUCAAUUCCUGUAAACAGGCAGAUGAACCCAGCCAACUUUCAGCAGCUCCAGCAGCAGACGCAGUUGCAGACACGUCCUUCCCAGCCACAUCAGCAGCCACAGCAGGGCAUUCGACCUUCAUUUACUUCACCAGCACAGGUUCCAGUUCCCCCUGGCUGGAACCAGCUUCCUGCUGGAGCACUUCAGCCUCCUCCAACCCAGGGAGCACUGGGUACAUUGACAGUAAACCAGGGUUGGAAAAAGGCCCCGUUACCUGGACAAAUGCAGCAGCAACUUCAAGCAAGACCAUCUCUAGCAACAGUACAAACUCCAACUCAUCCUCCACCUCCAUAUCCUUUUGGAAGCCAGCAAGCUUCCCAGGCUCACUCAAACUUUCCCCAAAUCAGCAAUCCUGGCCAGUUUACUGCUCCUCAAAUGAAAAGCCUUCAGGGAGGGCCCUCACGGGUUCCUACACCACUACAACAACCCCACCUGACCAACAAGUCUCCUGCUUCCUCUCCCUCCUCCUUCCAGCAGGGAUCUCCUGCAUCAUCUCCAACAGUUAACCAGACGCAGCAGCAGAUGGGACCAAGGCCUCCCCAGAGUAGCACAAUUCCCCAGGGAUUCCAGCAGCCUGUCAGUUCUCCUAGUCGUAAUCCCAUGGUGCAGCAGGGGAAUGUACCCCCCAACUUCAUGGUGAUGCAGCAGCAAAACCAAGGUCCACAAAGUUUACACCCUGGCUUAGGAGGAAUGGCCAAGCGCCUCCCGCCAGGGUUCCCCUCGGGCCAGACAAGCCAGAACUUCCUGCAGGCUCAGGUGCCUUCCACAGCUCCGGGAGCUGCGGGGAGCAGCGGGGCACCGCAGCUGCAGACUGCCCAGAACGUGCAGCACACAGGUGGCCAAGGAUCUGGACCUCCUCAAAAUCAGAUGCAAGCACCACAUGGCCCACCAAAUAUGAUGCAGCCCAAUCUAAUGGGACUUCAUGGAAAUGUGAACAAUCAGCAGGCUGGUUCUAGUGGGGUGCCACAAGUUAACAUGGGCAACAUCCAGGGACAGCCUCAGCAAGGACCACAGUCUCAACUUAUGGGGAUGCAUCAGCAAAUUGUAUCUUCUCAAGGCCAGAUGGUAAACAUCCAGGGUCAGGGGUCACUGAACCCUCAAAACCAGAUGAUAAUGUCUCGAACUCAGCUCAUGCCACAAGGCCAAAUGAUGGUGACACCACAAAACCAAAACCUUGGUCCUUCUCCCCAGAGGAUGACCCCACCCAAACAGAUGAUUCCUCAGCAGGGACAGCAGAUGAUGUCUACACACAAUCAGAUGAUGGGACCUCAGGGCCAGGUCUUGUUACAGCAAAACUCCAUGAUGGAACAGAUGAUGGCCACUCAGAUGCAAGGAAAUAAACAGCCUUUUAGUUCUCAAAACCAGUCCAAUGUGAUGACGGGGCCAGCUCAAAUGAUGAGAGGACCAACCCCAAACAUGCAAGGAAACAUGGUGCAGUUCACUGGGCAGAUGAUGGCUCAGCAGGGCCCUGUGAAUGGUAAUCCUUCUCAGGUUAUGGGAAUUCAAGGGCAAGUUUUAAGACCCACUGGACCUGGUCCUCACGUAUCUCAGCAACUUGGGGAUACUACUACUACAACAAAUAAUGAUGUGAACUUGACGCAGAUGUUACCUGAUGUUCCUGUGCAGCAGCCAAACAUGGUGCCUUCCCAUAUGCAAGCAAUGCAAGGAAACAACAACACUUCAGGGAGUCAUUUCUCGGGCCAUGGGCUGCCUUUCAACACGGGCUUUAGUGGAACACCAAAUGGGAAUCAGAUUUCCUGUGGGCAGAAUCCUGUUUUUCCUGUCAAUAAAGAUGUUACGCUCACAAGUCCGCUCUUGGUUAACCUUCUACAAAGUGAUAUAUCAGCAGGACACUUUGGUGUGAACAACAAACAAAACAAUCAGAAUGCCAGCAAGCCAAAGAAGAAGAAACCUCCAAGGAAGAAGAAAAAUAAUCAACAACUAGAACAAACAACUUCUUCAGAACCACGUCCAGCUGGCCUGGAGGAGAGUGAUCAGUCGUCGAUGUCUGGAGAACAAGGAAUGAAUUUAGAUAAUUCAGGCCCUAAACUUACAGAUUUUGCAAGUAGGCCACCAGGUUAUCCAUCUCAGCCAGUGGAACAAAGGCCACUUCAGCAGAUGCCACCUCAGCUCAUGCCACAUGCGCAGCAGCCGCAGCAGCCACCACAGCCACCACCACAGCAAGCCCAGGCACCCCCGCAAACCCCACAGCAGCAGCAGCAGAUGAUGAUGAUGCUCAUGAUGCAGCAGGAUCCCAAAUCAGUCCGGCUCCCUGUGCCACAAGGGGUUCACCCACCUAGAGGGCCUCUCAACCCGGAGGCCCAGCGAAUGCCGAUGCAGCAGAGUGGUAACAUGCCAGUAAUGGUUAACCUCCAAGGUCCUGGAUCGGUGCCUCCGUCUCCUGAUAAACAAAGAAUGUCCUUGCCAGGCAAUCCUCCUCUGGGAAACAAUGCAAGAAAAAUGGUUUAUCAAGAUACUGUACAGAAUCCUUCCAGCUCACCCCUCGGAGAGGUUUCAUCAGUGUCCUCCCUUCCAGAAGGAGGUGGAGCUGAAGGCCCCCCGGCAUCAGGAGGUCAGAAUAAUUUGACGUCUCAUUUAGUAGUUUCACAGAACCAAUUAAUGAUGACGGGACCCAAACCUGGACCAUCCACACUUUCAACUGCCCAAGGUGCAAGUCCCCAGCAGCAGUCUAAUUCUCUGCCUACUGGUCUUACACACCAUUUUCCAAAUGUUGCCACCCCAUCACAAACUUCAAGGCCUAAAACUCCUAACAGAGCAAGCCCAAGGCCAUACUAUCCUCAGACUCCUAAUAACCGUCCACCUAGCACAGAACCAUCAGAAAUUAGCUUGUCUCCAGAGAGACUCAAUGCUUCUAUAGCUGGCCUGUUCCCUCCCCAGAUUAAUAUUCCUUUACCUCCCAGGCCUAAUCUCAAUAGAGGAUUUGAUCAGCAGGGUCUUAAUCCCACUACUUUGAAGGCCAUUGGACAAGCCCCGUCAAAUCUCACGAUUAACAAUCAGUCUAGUUUUGCUGCUUCUCAGUCACACAAAUUGGAAAACGUGGCCAUGAAUUCAGGAAAGCAAACCAACACUGGAGGAACGAAGAGAGCAAGUCCAAGCAAUAGUCGAAGGUCCAGUCCUGGAUCCAGCAGGAAAACUACAUCAAGCCCUGGCAGACAGAAUUCCAAAACAGCUAAAUUAUCCUUGACAACUCAGCAGAAUCCAUCUCUCCUGCAGAACAUGGAAUUACAAAGAAAUAUGAUGGCUGGUCCCUCUUCUUUACCAACACCUGUGACUACAAGUUUUCAAAAUAAUAACCUGGUAAGUAAUCAGAAUCCUGCAAUUUCUGUACCUGCUGCAACUGGCAUUCUUGAAGACAAUAAAGAGACCCUUAGUGUGCCUCAAGAUAAUGAGUGUCCAAGUGUCCAAGGUGUCCAAGGUAACAAGGACCAGCCCAGUAUUGAACUAAAAGGUAUCCCUACUCCAGAAGUGAAAGUGUUGGUUCCAGAAGAACAGUUCAAAAAAGACAGUCAGGCUUCAGACACCAGUAAGCUUCCAGUCUCUGAGGAAAGUAAAACCAUGGUAUCUCCAGCUAUGAGGGAAGCACCAACUUCUUUAAGUCAACUUCUGGAUAAUUCUGGAGCUCCUAAUGUAACCAUUAAGCCUUCUGGGGUGACUGGACUCGAAAUGGCACCCAUAGUCACCACUGGUGAGGAGCUAAAGAAGAUAGCUGUCAUUCCUCCACUGCAGGAUUCAUCCUCAAGCAAAGAGCCAUCUAGUUCCCUGAGCUUGCCUCAAACCAGUGAGCCCUGUUCAAAUCCAGGGCACCAGGAACCGGGAGAAGUAAACUCAACCAUUGCGCAGAGUGUUCCUCCAGUAAUCCAGAGACCUGUCAGCUCUUCCUCCAUUUCAGGUCCUUUACCCCCCAGCCAGAUAACAGUUUUUGUAACGUCAAACCCUAUUACAUCUUCUGCUAAUACAUCAGCACCAUUGCCAUCUCACUUGCAACCUGCAUUAGUGUCAACUGUUGUCACAAUGCCCAACGUAGGGAACAAAGUGAUGGUUUCUGAGGGACAGUCAACAGCUCAGUCUGGCGCCCGGCCACAGUUUAUUACACCCGUCUUCAUCAACUCGUCCUCCAUCAUUCAGGUUAUGAAGGGCUCUCAGUCCAGCGCGAUCCCAGCAGCCCCCAUGACUUCUAACUCUAGUCUGAUGCCUCAGUCAGUUGCAGUUGUUGGUCCUUUGCAUAUACCACAGAGUAUCAAGUUCCCUGGGCCCACACCCCCCAGCACAUCAUCCAGCAGCCCUGUUCCUAGUGUUCCCACCAGCAGGCCGCUCGUCCUCAAUCCCUUGGCACCUCCUGCUCAGCUGCCUUCUCCCGCUACAACUUCUUCCAGCGUUCCUGCGCAUCUUCCUGCUCAGCAAGGCAAAGACUUCAGCCUGGAGGAGGCCUCUCAAGGCAGCGGGCCGGGCGAGCAGGGCUCUGUCACAGCGGCGCAGCCGGGCCCUGUGGUGUCACCUCUCCUCACCAGCAGUCCAGGCUCUGGGAACAGACGCAGUCCCGUUUCAUCCAGUAAGGGGAAGGGAAAGGUAGACAAGAUUGGCCAACUCCUGCUGACUAAAGCCUGCAAGAAAGUCACUGGCUCCCUUGAGAAAGGGGAAGAGCAAUACGCUUUGGACGGAGAGGCCGAAGGGCAGGGACUGGAAACGUCGCUUCCCAAUAGUCUGGGAGCGGAGCAGCCACCGGCAGAACCAGACCCCAAACCAGCGGCCCCCGCAGCCCCCAGCGCGGUCAAGCCGGGCGCUCCUGGGCCCGGCGGGUCCGGCACCGCGGCGGCUGCUCCCCCGGUGCCCGGCGGCUCCCCCGGCCCCGCAGCCCCCGCCGCCCCGGAGCCCGGCCCCGCCGCCCCCAGCACGAACGGCAGCGGCAGCGGGCAGAGCGCCGUGCCCGCCGAGCAGCUCGGGGCGGCUGCGGCCGAGGAGAAGGCAGGAGCGGAGCAGGAGCUGCUGCCCAGCGCAGCAUCCUCUCAACACUUAACACAGAAAAAAAGUUCAGUUGCACCAUCAGAAAGUACUGUUCAAAGAACAGAACUUGAAACAAAUGCUCCAGUAGUUGCUGGUCAAAGUAAUGAGACAAAAGAGAAUUCUGAAAAGUCUAAAACUCCAAAUAGAAGAAAUUCAAGAGCAGAGGAUUCUGCAGCUUCACAGGAAUCUGUGGAGAACGGCCAGCGCAAGAGGUCCUCCAGACCAGCCUCUGCAUCCAGCACUGCAAAAGGUAAAAUGCACAGCCACCAUUUCCCUGGAGAGGGCAGGAGGCACCUGCUUCCCAAAUAAUAACCCUUUCAAUAACUGGCUCAUAAUGAUGGUUUACAGCUUGUGAGUGUUGUGUGCUUAUAACUCGAGUUUCAAUGAUUUAGACCCAGGUUGGUGGUGACUUGUCUCCUGACUCUGCACUGGCGGUAAAUCUGGGGUGAACUCCCCAUGGGUACUUUUGUGGACCUUACUUUCUGCAGUGCUCCUCAACAUAGUGCUCAGCAAGCUGGCCUAGCUGGAGUUGAAUUCUCGUGGCAGAAACAUCUUGCCAUUAAAAGGACUGUCCUCAAGUAAAAAAGUGACGACUUUUUUUUUUUUUUCCCCUGAAGCCUGAAAGCCACAAGAUAAAUGCUUAAAGUCUUCCCAAGUGCAUGGUCAGCUCUGGUGAAGCCAAAGGCUGAGGUUCAGGCCUGCUCAGGACACUGCUGGGUGGGAGCCCGCAGGAUCGAGGGCUGCUGUGUGCUGCUGCACGGAGCCUCAGCUGCUCCUCCCCAGGACCUGGGAAGUCCUAAAUGGGCAGAGAUUAACCUGUGCCAUUAGCAGUUGCUGCUCCUUCCCACCCAGGUCACUCUAACAAAGUUUGCAGCAUUGGUGUGAUGCACGUGGUCAGUGCCAGAGGGCUCUGUGUGGUGGAGGGUGAGAAAUGUUCUGUGGGCCAAAAGUUGUGGGAGAGGGAGACUGUCAAGAGGCAGCAUUUGACCAAUAUUUUAAAGAGAACCUACAGAACAAAGAGGUAUUAAUAGAAAAUUAUUCUAAAAGUCAAGUUGAAUUCAGCAACCAUUUUCUCUACUGGAGAUACUGAAGUUUGCUGGUAAGAAUGUUGGCAUUUUAAAGAGUUUCAGAGGCUUCCAGCCCUACCUAACUGCAGUGACUCUCAGGGUUUACCUAUAUGUUCUGCACUUUUGUGGCUGCUGAAUUUAAUUAAAUUUACUUCUUAUGGCAGGUGUGUGCAGAAGAAUUUAAGUCUGUAUUGUAAAAAUAAGUUCUCUUUCAUGAUUGUGAAGACAAGUUUGCAAAAUGUGAAGCCAUUGUAAAGUUGAUUUGGUGAUACCUUCCUGAAUCUGAGGGGAUCUGAACCGUGUGGCCUGCCCCACAUACUGUAAUGAAUACACCUAAAGAUGACAACCAGUGGUACCUCAAAUUCUCAAAAUGUGGGAACACGAGAGUACAUCACAUUUAAACAACACCAGAACUCACCUGGGGAUUUGGUACUGAUUGUGUUACUCCUUUACCUCUGUAAGUAAAAGAAUUGUUUUUAAAACGUCUGAAACUACCCCAGCAUCAAAGGUUUUUGCUUAAGGACACAGGUCGAGCUUGCCAGGUAGUACCUGGGCUCUGGUUCCCUUGUCUUCAUGCAGACAGCUGCCUGCUUCCAAGGUGUGGAGAAAAGGAGCAAAACGGGACUCUCUUGAGGAAGAGGAUUAGUGAGGUGGCUGCAGAAGUGUAACUAGGUUUGCCACUUGUGCCUGCUCUGUUCUGUGGUGGUGUCAAGGAAUCCGAGCUGAAGACAGCACUUCUGUUUGCUCCUGACUUCCUCCUGGAAACCUACAGCUACAUUGUCUGGGUCCUGAGGAACCUGCUGACCUGUGGGAAAGGGAAUGUGGGGCUGGGAGGAGACACCUUGGAAAUAGUGGCUGAUUAAGGGAGACAGAAGGAGACUUUGGUCAGUUGGUGUAGGAAUCCCCUUGCUAAGCACCGGGAAAGAAGAGGCAGGAAGGGAAGGGCCAGAGGCCAGGCUGGAGGUCAGCCCUGCUGUAGGGCCACAGGGCUCCUGGCUGGGCAGGAUGGGCUGGGUGCAGGUGAGGGGGAUGUGCUGCUGCUCCCAAGGGACAGGGACCCACAGCUGCUGCCCACUGAUCCCUUGGCUCUCCCAGCACAGGCCAGGGCAGCAGGGGGGUGGCUGCAGCCUCUGCUGCUCAGGAGGGGCUUUGCUGCUUGGCAGGAGCUCCACUGACCACGUUGUGCCUGCUGAGAUGUUUCACUUCUGUGAACUGGUGCUGUACUGGUUUUUGUUGGUUUGGGGUUUUUUUUUGCUUUUUAGAGUACCUUUCCAGCAAGGGCUGUUUCAGUGUUUACUGUAGCUUCAGGUUUAUUAAACUUUGAAAUACUGGGGUUUUUUAACACAACAUUGAACAUCCAUGGAGACGUACUGAUGCUUUUCUAGUGUUAGAUGUCCUGGAUUUUUUUUUCCCUUUUCAUUCUUUACAUGCACACAGCUCUACUAGCUUUUGGAAAAUAUUGUAAAGAGCCAAAGAUCCAUUGCCAACAUUUAAAAGUCACAUUUUUAAAAAUUCUAAAGACACAAAUACCCUUGGUCCUUACUCUCUUUGUUCUGAAACAACUUAGUGCCUUGGUAAGUGCACUGGAAAUGUCAUCUGCUUUCACUGAAGCUUCUGCAGGUGCUUCUGCCUCUCCUGCAGUGCUAGAGAAUAUUUUUUCUGCUUUUCUGUGAAACAGAAUGUACACUGAAGAGACUUGUUUGCUAAUGACCUGAUUUUCCAAGGACUCAACUGGAUUCUUUCCCUGUGUGGCAGGCUCCAAAGCAUGUUCCUCAGUUUUUUUUAUAGCACCAUCUCUGUGAUGCCUGGGUCUAAUUGCUGCAGUUGGUGCCAACACUGCACCUCAUGGGGGUGUCCCUCUGUGGUGCUGCCCAGCACCUUGUGGCACCUGGGGGACUGAAGUGAAAGAAGAGUUAAAAAUGCACAACUCUUCUUUUUAAGGCUGUUCUGUUAGGACUUGCUAAAUGUUUCACUCACUCCAGUGGGAAGUUGUGUCCUAACAGAAUCUGGGGGAGUGUUGUGUCCUGUCAGUGGUGUGACCUCUUGUGAAGAGCCAGUCCCCUCCUGUGGAAACCCUGCUCUUCAGAGCUUUCCACCCUGGUGUAGUUUUGGAGAAAGAAAAGGGCCAUCUGUGCCCCUCUGCUGAAUGGCUUACGACUCCCUAUCCAUGCUUUUUUUCUUCUCUUGAUUUCAGAAACGAGUGCCAGUGCAAUGCAGUCAAAAAGAAGAAAAUCCAAGUAAAUUACUGCAUGGAAACAUGAACCUUGUAAAUGAGUGUGAAUUUACCAAUAGCAAUUUUGAGCUGUGAUUUUUCUUUUUUAAAAUAAAAAUUCUGUACAGUAAGUCAUUUUAAUAUUAUACUGUUCCCAAUGAAUGAUUUUUUUUUUUUUUCUAAAAGACAGAUAAAUAGAUAUAAAAACUGGGUUCUUCUAAAACCCCCUGGAUUUACUGAGUGAAGUCCAGGGUUAGCACAUUAGGUUAAUGUGUUUGUAUGAAAUGGAAGGGGAGGGGAAGACAACUGUAAAUUUAUUUGUUUCCACUUUUCAUAAACAAAUUAGAAUACAGGGUUGUCAUUUUUAGGUAUUAAAAUAAUGUAUUGUGCUGUUGUUUAAGUACUGUAUGUGAAUAGCAGUAAGAGGGUUUAUAAACAAACCCGGUCUUGUUUGGAAAUGUAAAUAAUUUUAUUAUAUAGUAGACCUGAUGUAUUUGUUGUAGAAAUGGACCAGUGAAACAGAAAAAAAAAUUUAAAGGGUUUGUAUAAUGUGGAAUCCCUCAUGCUCUAAAUAAAUGUUAUUGUCCUAUA